AUGGGAAACACAAAAAGUUUGCCAGUAAAAAGUGAGAAAACAGUCAAGUCGUACAUACGUCGACGGUUUGGCGUGCAGUGCGACAAACUUGACGAGAGUUUGGUGAAACUAUUGGAAGAAGAUUUCACUGAAAACUCAACCAAACGCAAACAACAGAACAACGAGCAAAAGCGAAAGCAGAGCAUUGUACUGCGACUGCGAAAGAAGCUCGGUCAGCGAUCAGAUGAGAGCAAGUCUGAAGAGUCCAUUGCUCUCCUUGCUGAGGAUGACACAGACAACUUUGCCUACCACAACGAGGCCUUUUGUGAUGAUGUCGAAAGCUGUGAGCGUGAUGUUGUGCAUGUUGAGAACAUUGAGACUACUCCAUGCAAGCCCAUGGUCCUCCAUGCCAGAAAAGUUGAAGAUGAAGGUGAAACUAAAGAUAAAGAUUUCACCAUUUCCCCUAACUUGGAUUCCAAGAAUGAUGAGAUUGCCAGCAAAUGGGCCAACCUGAAAUUUGAAGCUGGUCAAGGUGAUGGCCAGCAUGAGGUUAUGGUUGAAGAUCCUUCCAACAUCCAGUUCCCCGCUGAUGAACUUGUUGAAACUGAUAAAGAAGAAAAGAAGACAAUUGAGCAUGCUGAUCAAGGAACAACAGAAGUGCCUGACAAAAUUCAGCCCAAUGAUGUAAAAGAUCAAACAGUUGAGGAAGACAAGAAAACCCCAGAGGAUUCUGAUGCAGAAACCACAGAAGCAAUUCAAAUUCAGUUCCCCACUGAUGAAAUUGUUGAAACUGAUGAUGAAGAAGAAAAGACAAUUGAGCAUGCUGAUACAGGGACAACAGAAGUGCCUGACAAAAUUCAGCCAAAUGUUGAAAAUGAUGAAACAGUUGAGGAAGACAAGAAAACCCCAGAGGAUUCUGAUGCAGAAGCCACAGAAGCAAAUCAAAUUCAGUUACCCAUUGAUGAAAAAGAUGAAUUUGUUGAGGAAGACAAGAAAAUCCCAGAAAGUUCUGAUGCAGAGACAACAGAAGUUCCUUUCCAAAUUAAGUUAUCAACUGAUGACAAAGAUGAGAGAGUUGAGACUGCAGAAGAAAAGAAAAUGGUUGAGCGCAAUACAGAGACAACAGUAGUUGAAGAGAAUAUGAACAACUGUUCUGUUGAAAAUGCUCCAACACCCAUAUACAAUUCUGACAAUAGCAAGACUGGUUACAGAACAGAGAAGGACAUGAAUGAAUAUGAUGAAGAGGAAGCUGCAGACAAUGAUGAAUAUGCAAUGACCUACAAAGAUGAACAUGAAAGGAAAAGGGUUGAGUUUAUUGCAUCUGUGUGGGACAAACUGCUAAUACAACCAGGAAAAGAAAAUGAAACUGUUGAGCUUAUUGUCUUUCCCAAAAUGAAGCAGAGACUUAAUUGUUAUCCUGUUACCGAGGAAAGCGAUGAAGAUCCAGAGAAAGAAGACGAGGACACUAUUGUUGGAAAAGUAAUGGAAAAGGCACUGGAAAGAAAUGAAGAUGAAACCACCACUGUUGAUGGUGACAAACUUGAGAUUGCCAAUCAAGAACAUAGCCAAGAUUCAGCUUCACUGCAACCAGACGAGAGUGCAGAGAAAGUCACAGACAGCCAGGUUGUUCCAUUUCACAUCACUGCGGUGAAAAAGUAUGGCGGUAUUUCUCACAUUCAGCAGAUAAAAAAAGAGAACGCCUUGCAGUUAAAGCGGCUUAAAGAUAUCAAGGCAAGUUCUGUAAUCAGAAAGAUUAGUGAAACAAGAAAAAGCCCACGAAAAGUGGCUGAGGUUGCAAGCACCAUAGCAAAAAAUGAGGCCAUUAAGAAGUCUGAGAGUUUGCUGUCGUUUGAGGCUCAUGAAAUGGAGGCCAAUGAAGAGGAGGACUUUGGACCUUCAACUAGUCAGCCAGACGAUGAUGCCUUAAAUAAUGAAAAUGGAAUUGAAGAUGCAAUAUAUGAGAAGAAAUAUGCUCCCAUGCAAUCAAGUGAAAGUUCCAAGACACCAAAGACCUACCAAGCGGUGCCAUUCCAAAUCACGCCGUUGAAGAAGUAUGGAAGUAUUUCCCAAAUGGAGAAAGUAAAGAAGGAGAAUGCCAUUCGCUUGAAGCGUCUCAGAAAUGUUACGGCCAGCUCUACCGUCAGAGAAACAGUUAAACAGAAAAGUCCUAGGAAGGCAAUGAUGUCUGCUGCUAGCAUUUCUGAGAAAAAUGCUGCUGAAAACAAGGACUAUGGACCUUCCACUAGCCAACAAUGCAAUGAUGACUUAGGUCCUGAAGAUGAUGAGGACCAAGGUGAAAAGGAAUUUUCAGAUGAAGAGACUAAAUCUGAAAGAAAGUUGCAAGCAUAUGAACAUUCUGAGAUAGUAAAGGAACCUGGUGCCAUGCCUUUCCAUAUCACCUCAGUGAAUACACUUGAAAGUAUUUCUUAUUUGGAGAAGAUUGUUAGGGAAAACGAUAUACAAUUGAAACUGCUCAGGAGUGAAAAGGCAAGACGUGAUGCGCAGAAGUCAUUUGAUGUCAAACAAAGCCCAAGGAAGUGUUUGAAAUCCUCUGUAAACAUAACCAGUCAUGAGGCCACUGAAGACCCAGAGAAAGCAAGGUCCUUUGCAGACUAUGACAAGAAUGCCGCUGAAAACCAGAAAUAUGGAUCUUACACAAGUCAACCAUACUAUGGCGCCUUCCAGAAUGAUGCCUACAGUUGUGAAGGUGAUAACAGCGGAGACCAGGAAGCAGAUGAAACUAGACAUGAAAGAAAACUGCCAAAAGCAGAUGACCCUGGUCUGAUUCCUUUUCACAUCACACCAUUGAAGAAGUAUGGUGGCCUAUCACACAUGGAGCAAAUAAAGAAGGAAAAUGCAAUUCGGUUGAAGCGGCUGAGAAAUGUAAAGGCAAGCUCUACUGUUCAAAGGUAUCGAGGAGAAUCUCUGAAAGCCCUGAGCGUGCAAAGUCCUUUGCCGUUUACCAGAAGAAUGCGGCCGAAAAUCAGGACUAUGGACCCUCUUAUGAUGAGAAGGGCAAUGAAUUUGGCCAUGAUGAGUUUGAUCAAAAUUCAGUACCAGAGGUAUGUUGAAGAGGAAGGAAAUGAGCCAAUGGACUUCAGCCCUAAAAAUGAAGAGGACUGCCCAAACUCUCUUGCUGCCUGGAAAACAUCUGCAAGGAACUACAAUUACAAUGAAUAUGCUGCAGGUAAUUCAAAGGAGAUAAAAUAUGGAUCUGUGCAGCACUUCAAUCAAAUGAAGAAACAGAACUCCAUGCAGCAAAAGCGUUUGAAUAAUGUUUCAAACAAAAUUGAUUCCUGGAAGCCAGAGUCAAUGAGAAACAUACCAGUGUCGCAGAAAUCAAUGCAAUAUGGUUCAGUUGACCACUUCCGAAAGAUAAAGGAGGACAAUGCAAGGAGAAAUCAAAAGCUGACCAAAGUUAAAUCAAAACUGGAAACUUGGAAUGAGGCUAACCAAGGCAGUAUCAAUUCUAUCCAGAGGAAGGAUGAUUGGAGACCAGUGGUUAACCCAAAAGAGUUUGGAUCAGUUGCGCACUACCAUCAGUCGAAGAUGAAAUAUCAGAAACAAUCGAAAUGUCUCAACCAGGUGAAGUCCAAAAUAAGCACCUGGCAACCAAAGGAGAAAAUGACGGCGCUAAGGAUGCCACGGCAAGUCGUACCGGCAAACAAUGAGCAUGUCAAGUCACUCAAGAUGUCGAUUAGAAAUGCGACCUCCAAAAUCAACUCCAGAAGAGAAAUGACGAAGACGGACAAGGGGCAGGCACCGUCCUGGAGUCGUUACAUGACACCAUCAACAAAUGUGAACCAGAACGCCAUCAUUAGAUGCUUGGAAAGAAAGAAGCAGAUUGCCAAGGCUACCUAA